ACCACAAUUAACAAUAGCAACAGCAAUAACUUAUUUACAUCGGUUUUAUAUGCGUCGAACCCUCUAUCUUGAUCAUCAUUUCGACGUUGGUGGUGCAUGCGUCUUGCUCGCAUGCAAGACUGAAGAAUCAAUAAGAAAAGUUCGAGAAAUAGCUAUUUCGUGUGCGAAAAGCGCCACGAAAAAUAGGCGUUUAACGGACGAGGGUGAAUUUGAGAAAUGGGGUCAUACUAUUACUAAGAAAGAAGUUCUUGUCUCCACAGUCUUAUGCUUCAAUUAUAAUAUACUCCAUCCUUAUGUUCCAAUG